AUGGAGAAGGUUUUGAUUUCCUACAACUGGGAGUUUGAAAAAGAGACGAAUUGUUGUAGAAAUACAUUAGCUGAAAAUACAUAUGGUCCCUAUACUAUUAUAUUUAGUCAAAUAAAAUCCUCUGCUUUGCUUCCAAUUAAGUUACAAGAGAAAAACCUUUCGGGGCCAUCAUUAGCGAGUGCCAUCGGUUGA